UGAGGGAGAACGCGGACACGGUGGUGGCGGACGUGGUGGCGAGUACGGCCACGGCAAGCGUGAGCUGAGCCGCGGCGACUUCAGUGCGCUGCUACGCGACAUGCUGGGGGACGUGGCGGUGCGCCUGGAGGAGCACCCUAGUCCGGAGCAGCUGCAGGCGGUGGCGGAGGAGCUGUUCCGCGACUGGGACACGCACAACCACGGCAAGCUGUCCUGCCGGGACGUCUCCGCGGGGCUGGCGGGGCUGGGCCCGUCGCUGGGGCUGCCACCGCCCGUGGCUAAGGACGCGGAGGGGUUCUACCGCGAGCUGUUCGUGGCGGCGGACAUGGACGACAGCGGCUUCCUGGACCACGCUGAGCUGCGCGGCAUGCUGCAGUCGCUCUUUGAGAAGCUCGCCUCCGAGCUGGAGGCGAAGCCCCUCGUGCUCGAGUGCACCGUCAUCUCCACCUGA